UGCGAGAUGGAACAGGUGACAGUCAUACCUCGGCAGAGACUUGAAGGGCUCGAACUGCUUGGAGGUCCUACGGCGCCACUGAAGCCGCCAUUUCCAAUAUCAUUACCCUUGUGGCUUGCGCUCUUGCUGAAGAGGCAGCGGCGAGCGAAUAUUAGCCCUCCACCGUGGCUGCAGGUCGACGCUUUGAUGCAAAUUUUGGACUUCGAGACGGACGAGCGAACGGCAGAGGUCUUUUCGCCUUCGCCUGUAUUACCGCGGGCUCGCAGCGUUGCACCCCUCGACGACGAUCCGUACCUCGCACAUGACUCGCUUGAGCUCUCAGCACCUUUUGUAAAAGACGAGUCAACAGCCCGCGCACAAGCAGAUGCCUUGCCGUAUCACUGGCUAGAGCUCAGCUAUUUGCUUCUUGCUCAUGCGCCCGAUGACUUCGAGGACCCGGACAGGGUUCGUAAACUGCUUCGCGAUCUACGUGAAGUGCGCAUGAGUAAGCUCCGAAAAGGAUUCAGAGUGCUCAAUACCGGUGCCGGCGUGAAAAUGAACGGUGUUGGUGGCAUGGAGGUAGCGGAAGUUCGAGGCUUCGUGAAAGGCAUGGUUGAUGGGUUAAGGUAGGC